ACAUCGCGCUCACUGGAGAAACCUUUCAAGCAGCCCUUUGGAUUUCUUCUUUCAUUCUGACGGAGCUCGUAUUUCUCUGUGAAACAUUAUCAAGGAUUUCACUGAUGUAUGCGAUGUGGAGACUGCAAGUCGCCUUAUGUACUCUGUCGGUGCUGUCCCUGUCAUCUGGUGGUGAAAGCAAAGCUCGGAGCUGUAGCGAGGUUAGACAAGCUUAUAACGCGAAAGGAUUCAGCCUCGUCAAUGUACCUCAUCAGGAAAUAUCAGGUGAGCACCUGCGUGUCUGUCCUCAGGGAUACACCUGCUGCACGUCAGAGAUGGAGGACAAACUCAACCAGCAGAGCAAACUGGAGUUUGAGAAUUUGGUGGAGGAGAGUAGCCACAAUAUGAGGACGACAUUUGUCUCCAGGCAUAAAAAGUUCGAUGAGUUUUUCUUGGAGCUGCUGGACAAUUCUGAGAAGUCUCUGAACAGCAUGUUCACGCGGACGUACGGGAAGCUGUAUAUGCAGAACUCUGAGGUAUUCCAGGACCUGUUCACUGAGCUAAAACGCUACUACACGGGGGGCAACGUCAACCUGGAGGAGAUGCUGAAUGACUUCUGGUCCCGGCUGCUGGAGCGCAUGUUCCAGCUGCUCAAUUCCCAGUACCACUUCACAGAUGACUACCUGGAGUGCGUCAGUAAAUACACAGAUCAGCUAAAACCUUUUGGAGAUGUGCCCAGGAAACUGAAGGCCCAGGUCACCAGGGCCUUCAUCGCUGCACGGACGUUUGUCCAGGGGCUGAUGGUGGGCCGGGAGGUCGCCAACAGGGUCGCUAAGGUAAACAUAGUUCCUGCAUGUGUCAGAGCCUUGACCAAGAUGCUGUACUGUCCAUACUGCCGUGGUAUGCCUGGGCUGAAACCCUGUCACAACUACUGUCACAACGUUAUGAGGGGCUGUCUAGCAAACCAGGCAGACCUAGAUGCUGAGUGGAACCUCUUCAUUGAUGCCAUGUUGCUGGUGGCAGACAGACUGGAGGGACCCUUCAACAUCGAAGCAGUCAUCGAGCCAAUUGACAUCAAGAUCUCUGAAGCUAUCAUGACCAUGCAGGACAACAGCAUGCAAGUGUCAGCCAAGGUUUUUCAAGGGUGUGGUCAACCAAAACCAUCAGGAAUAGGCAGGUCUGCACGGGGCAUCUCAGAUGUGUUCAGCGCUCGCUUCAGGCCCUACACCCCUGAAGAGAGGCCAACCACAGCAGCUGGAACGAGCCUGGAUAGACUGGUGACUGACAUCAAAGAGAAGUUGAAGGAGUCCAAGAGAUUCUGGUCCAACUUACCAGAUGACAUCUGUGCCAAGGGCAAACUCACAGAGUCCGACGAGGAGCAAUGCUGGAACAGCCACACUAAGGGCAGAUACUUCCCUGAAGUGGUGAAGGAAGGUCUAACUAACCAGGUGAACAACCCAGAGGUGGAGGUGGACAUCACCAGACCUGACACACUGAUUAGGCAACAGAUCAUGGCUCUACGUGUCAUGACCAACAAGCUAAAGAACGCCUACAAUGGAAAUGACAUCUACUUCCAGGACUCCAGUGACGAGGGCAGUAGCUCUGGCAGCGGCAGUGGCUGCUCUGAUGGCUGCACAACGGAAUUUAUUUUUGUUGGAACAGAGGCUCCAGUGAUCGGAGCUGACAGAAGCGACGAACGCGCAGCAGCCGCGGCCGCAGGCAAGUCGCUUUCCUGUGGACCCUCCAUACUGCUGGUGUUGGCCGCCCUCACACUCCCGCUUUGGGCAAUGCAGACUCAAUGGAGAUAAUACAGUGUGGCCCGAUCACUGACUUCUAUACUGUUGCAUAACAGUAUGUUUAACAGCAAGUUAUACUGCUGUUCCCUCACUGGACAUGUAGAACCUCCUGGAAACCUGUCAAGAAUGGCUUACUGUAUGGUGUGGUAGGAUUGAAAGUGAGUGCAGUGCUGCAUCCUGCUUGCCCCCCAAAGAAUGCUCGGUGCCAUCAGUGAACCAGCUUUCACGUCUUUGAAACAAAACAAAAAAAAAUUAAAAUGUGGUGUUUUCUCAUUAUUCUAAAGUGAGUUUUGAAAAACAAUGCUUCUCUUUUAGAAAGUGAAACUAUCUUAAGAUGGUUCUGUCAAUGACCUUUUUUUUUCAGAUAAAGGGGAUUCUAUUUUUCUUUUCCUUUGUAUUAUGAAGUGAAAACAUGUCAGCUAUUUUAUCCCAUUAGUCUUCUCCCCCUCAAACAAAUGAAGAAAGUUUUACCGUGUGCAUGCGUGGAUAUGAUGUUAACAGAAAAACAUUUUUUUAGUUUUUUUGUUUUGUUUUGUUUUUUUAAAUGCAGGCUACACAGCUUUGGAUUGGUUGGUACAGGAUUGUACAGUGCUAGCAGUUCACCUGGUUUCCCGUUUCCAGUCAUAUCAGUGUGGCUUCAGGAAGCAGCAGAUCUUACAGCCACUUUAUUGUUGCACAUUUGAUUAUUUGUAAGAAAGUGCUAAUGUACUGCACUAAGCAAACUACUUUGCACAGAUUAUUUUUGUUGGCUUCAUAAGUUUAUACAGCUACAGGAAACAUACACCCCACAGAGAAAAAGUUCUAUAUUUUCAGAUCAUUUAACUGAUUGUAUUGUACUUAGCAGUUACAGUAUGUAUUUCACUGGAGCAUACUGUAAUGUAAUCUUAUUGGCUUAGUUAAUGGCUACAUUUUUUUUUUAAUAAAUGUAUUUCCUUUUACAAAUUAUUUGACCGUCUGUAAAGUAAAAAUGGAAGAAAAAAAAGAACAUUUCUGCAACACUAAGCCAUUAUACUAAAAUUGCCUGCUAAUAAUGUUUAGUUACCUGAUUUACUCUCUUCUCUUUGGGUAGUUAAUAUGCACCUACAUGGUUCCUUUUAUUUUCAGAGGAGUGAUAAGGUAUGUGCUCAUGAAAAUUUAACUUAAUUUAUUUUCUUGUCUCCCAAACGUUAGUCAUUUAGAAUUAUGAUUUAUUUCGUACACUUUUUUGUUACUUUUUCAUAUCACAUAUACAAAAGGUUCAAAAUCGUAAACCUCGUCCUCUGAACUAAGAAGCAGCUCUCUGCAGGUUACCCGCUUACAUCUGAAGCACCAUGCUGAAAUUAGCAUGUUCUUGUUCGGCCAGUGAGAACAGACUCCUACAGGCUACAAGCUUUUAAUGUGGUCGUAUAAUCCUAUAGCAGGUACACAGUGUCAGCUGGGUGCAAAGGUUGGAGAGCUGUGGCUGCACUCUUAGAACUAGGGUUACUAUUCACAACCUUCAUUCUGUCCCCUCCAGGCUUUGACCUUUCAUUGUCUUCAGAGGCUUAAAAGGAGCAAAGCUUGCACAAUGGUCGUGGAGGAAAGGUAGCUUCCAAAAACGUUGCAGGCAUACUCUCGAAACAAACAAAGGAGCAAAUGUUCAAAAAUGUUACAUAAAAGAAAGCCUUUGAGGCAGCCACCCUCAUGCUGGAGUGUGCCUGGAGGAUCCAAACCCAUCAGCUCAUAAGCACUGAAAUGUUUUCACAAUGCACGGGUCCCUUAUCUCAACAGGGACCUUGCCCAAAUGCAUCGCUGUAACAAAUUAAUAGUUGCUGGGAGCAUCUCAAAGAGACUGUGUGAGUUUCACAUAGCAAGGCAAGCACAGGACUUAAGAGUUUCCUCUUUCUGCCGCCAGCACGAAGAGAGAAUGGAAAAAAAAGAAUAAGGCACAAAGUUUGCAGUGUGGUGCUGUGUAUAACAAAUAGACAGUGAUUUCGAAUAAACCCCAGUUCUUUUACUCCCUUCCAUUCCUUCGAUAUUCAUGCUUUCCUGUUAACAAAUAAUGUUUCAUUUUUACACAAAUGUAGUGCAUAUUUCAAGUAAAUUUCCACAAAAUUGGCAAAAGAAAAUUAAAAUCAAUGCCCAUUUCUAUCCAAUACUGCCGUAUUCAUAUUAAAAGUUAGGCACUGAGACAUGAGGGAAAUCUGUCCUUGAUGUGCUUAUAUGUUUUACAAAAAAAAUAAAAAAACCUGAACACCAGAAGAAGCUCCCACUGCAGUUGACCUCUAUCAUCUCACUCCUUGCAGAAAUUGCUUUAGGAGAAGGCGACUGACCAGCAGCCUUCCACUCACUCACUGAUGUGUAAAUCCUAAUUGUAAAAUGCAACAGAGGCUUCUGCCCAAAAAAAGGUCUAGGAACACUGAAGUGAUUAACACAAGGUCCUGUCCAACAUUAAACUGUCCAGUACUUAACCACUGCAGUAACAGACAAAAGUCCAGGUAGUUCCAUUUAAUCAGUUUUUAGACACAUUUCAGUUUGUACAAAAAAAGGACCUGUGUGUCUGAGGUAAAUAGUCUGGCAUAAAAUAAAACAAAAUGUGACUAAGUGAAACAGACUUAUUGAAUAAGUCAUGACGUGCAAGAAGAAAGUGACUCAGACAUCCCCAGAAGCUCCAUUGAACGGAUGAAAAAUGGAGGUAUUUAAAAACAUUGAAUGUGUGGACAAAAGAGGAGACUGUAACCUUCAUCAAGUUAUUACAUGAAACAAGCAUAUAAAUACCAGUUUAUUUUUGUCAUUGUUUCUGCAUGGCUUUUUGAGGGUUGACUGCUUCUUGUUUGAUUACGUAAUUUUUUUGUGCCUUCUUCUGUAAAAGUUGAAUGUCUUGGGAGUAGAGUUUUAACAGAUAAAAUAGAUAGAUUAAAAAAAGAAAAGAAAAUCAUUGCAUCCAAAAUCAUUUCCCAUUGAAUCGUAGUAUUUAACUAUUUGACACUUUGAUUGUCCAAAUUAUGAAAACUUUAUCUUCUGUGUAGUGCCCUCAAGAACUACUAAAUGUCAACAAUGCAAUGCCCCACAUUACACCGAUAUCAAAAUGACAAUUGCAUGGCUCAACAGCUGACAGCGAUGACACAAAAUGAAGAUGAUUUACAAGUGUCUAGAAUCAUAAUUCUAAUUCACUCAUUAGUGAGCAGCAGAGGGUUUCAAUAUAUAAGGAGUAGUGAAUAAAUCAGGGGAUGAUUUUAAAUGCAGCAAGUUUGGCUGCGUCACUGGUAGAUGAAGAAGAGUGGGAGAUCCUGUCACUUCCCAUGCCUCUGUCAGUGUCACAACUUGAAGGCCUGAAGGACAUAAAAAAGAAAAUGUAGAUUAUAGGUACAUCCCAUGAAUGCACAAGAUCCAUCCACUACACUAUGGCGAUAACCAACAAAACUCAUCAGUCCUGUUGCUCUACAGUCGCUGUAGGAAAAUAGAUGCUAGGUUAGAAUGCAAUUUUUUAAGCCCUUAGUCAGAGAUGCAAAUUUCAGUUCACACCACAGGACCAAUUAAUCUGUUGAGCCCUUUUUGAGGUCAAAGCCUGAAUGAGAUAGAACCAUGGCCGCAGUGGAAACUUCACACAAACAUAACUGACCCACCUCUCUGAAUCUAAAACAGUAAUUAUGCAGAAGUUACAUGGGUUACACUCUUUUCCACUUGUCUCUUCAUAUAUAUGUAUUGAAUUACUCGCGUGUCCUUCUGCCAGAUCAUGGUGCACAGAAAGCCCAAACUGUGUUAGACAGGGGGUGAAAACAAACGAAUCUGAAGUCAUUUGAUUAGCAAAAGCGUCAGCUGGUGCUAUUUCAGUGGGUCAGACAGAUGAGACAGGUGGGAGGACAUCCAGCUGUAACUAUUUGCAGCAUGCUGAAUGUUCAAUCAAAUACCAUUAAAGUAAACUAGCUGUCGGCCCUAAUGUGCAAUGCCAGUUUUCCUGAUCUGCUAGAAUUCAUCCACCCAAGAGUAAAGUCCUGGAGAGCAGAUAAUUGCAGCGAAAGGGGUUUCAUGUAAAAAUCAUGAUCUGUUCGAUGGAGUCGUUGGACUGGUGAAGCACAGACUGAUAAUUCAGUUUUAGCUCCAGACAUUUAUAUUUCUCAGAGAAUAUCUACACUUGAUACUGAAUGUUCUGAUUUUUACAAAUAGAUGUUUUUUUGAGCGCUUUUAUUUUGGUGUAUUGUUCCCUUAAACUAUACUCAGAUGGACAGUAACAGUUGCAUUCUGAUGAUCUUUGUGCUAUGAUAGUGUUAAAAUUGGCAAAUUAAAGAAGUAUACGAUAGACAAGAGAAAGAUUUUUAAUUUUUUUUUACAUCAAUAUGAAGUGCAAGUUCGUGGGUUUUGUAUUGCUGCAGUCAAACACAACAUACAUUUACUUUGAAAGCAUUAGGAAACAUUGUGGGGGCAGAUAUUUCUGAGUCAGGGUCAGUAGUGAGGCGGAACGAUCAGUACAGCAUGUGCUUGAUAAUAAGAUGGGAAGUUAGCGGUGUGGUUUCAGAUGCUGGCAUUGUUUAAGAUUUGGCACUGCUGCCUUCUCAGUGAGGCUUAACAACUACGCUUUUUUUUUUUUUUCCAAACAGUAAAAACCCAGUAAGCAUCUGCAGCCAUACAAAGGUCGAACGCACCCAUUAGAGGCUCUACAAAAUCCGUGAUUGCAGCAAGAGUUUUGGAUGAGCGAGGAUGAGGCAGCGCUUUACUGGUGUUCUUGAAAUACAGUAAAAGAAAGUGAAUUGGGAAAAGAAUGUUUCGGAAGUUGGCCCGGUUUCUCCAAAUAGCUCGUAUCUGUACAAACAACCGUGUUUUCUCAUUAGGACAAGCUAUGUUACCCUGGACAGACAUACAAAGUAUCACUAUUCAACAUUAUUCAUCGCUUAACUUAUUUUGCCUGUGAGCCAUAUUCAUUCAUUUUUGUCUAGUUCAAUCUCUGGCAUUUGAAAAACUGAAGAAAAAAAAAAAGUCCUGGUUGGCUGAGUUUUUUUUUUCCAGAACGUUUAGAACAAAAUGUGUUAUGCAAGAUCUCCAUUUUGAUGUUAAUCGUUGCUGCACUUUUGCUAAAAACAUAUGCCGUGAGUGUGAUACUGUUGUGAUUUGCAAAAUCAGAUAUCUAAGGAGCACAUUAAUGAUUUUUGGAGCUGUCAGUGCACGCUGUUUCAAGUGUUUUGGGGGAACUGAAGUUGAUGGUUAUACAAGCAGACAUGCCUUACCAUUUUUUAAAAGACUAAAAUGGAUUGCUUAUUUGGCUUUUGUUACACAUUCUUGUAUACAGAAAAUAAUACAAUGGUAAUAAUAAACAUUUUAUUAAAAAAAAAAAAG